CGCGGACGGUGCCAGACAAGACCUGCCGACGGCUCUCCUCCUUGCUCUGUCAUUACCAAUUGGCCUUUCCGAUUGGCCUGUCAUCCCUCACCCUCACUCCGCAGGCGGUUGAUUCCCAACUCCCAAAUCUUUUUUCGCCAAAAAGCCCGCAGCCGCUUACCUCCAUCUGAUUACCCCCAGCUGUUUGCCUGUCAAUCAAUGCAGGCCCUGAAGUCCUUAAAGCCUCGCCUGCUCCUCUCGAGCUCCAGUUUCUGCAAACCCUCCUUCCGCUCUUCAGCUUCCACCCGUUCUUUGGCUUCAGUAUCAAACAUGUCUCCUGCAACCACACAGUCCAGGCCUGCCAUGCCCACCAGGCAGCUCAGCACAACUGGCGGUGACUAUGAUAUGGCGAAUCCUCCAGAGCUUCGCAAGUAUCUAGGCACCUACGGUCUAACUCCUCCUGCCGUUGAGAACUACGAAGUUCAGGCACAGCGAUGCCUCCGUUUGCUCGCCAUGAAGCCCACCCCCAUUGAGAAGUUCCAGUACUUGGUACACCUCAGGGCUACAAAUGUUCACCUCUUCUACAGACUGCUCUCAGAAAACAUCAAGGAACUCACCCCUCUCAUCUACACCCCCACCGUCGGAGAAGCCUGCGUACGAUGGCACGAGAUUUGGACACAACCCGAGGGCAUGUACCUUUCUUGGAGUGAUCGUGGCAACCUCCGCAGAAUCUUGGACAACUGGCCGCACGAGGUUGAGAUUACCGUCCUUACCGAUGGAUCACGUAUCCUUGGUCUCGGCGAUCUUGGUGUGAACGGUAUGGGAAUUCCAGUGGGCAAGCUGGCCUUGUACACUGCUUGCGCUGGUAUCAAGCCAGAGGGCACCCUCCCUCUUACUCUGGACUUGGGCACCAACAACAUGACUCUCCGCGAGGAUCCUCUGUACAUGGGUUCGCGCAUGCCCAAAGUCACUGCUGAGCAAGAAAAGGAGUUCUUGGACGAGUUGAUGGAAGCACUUGUCGACAAGUGGCCCAGCAUUGUUAUCCAGUACGAAGAUUUCAAGAACCCUUUCCCCGCUCUCGAGCGAUACCAAAACACAUACUGCAUGUUCAACGAUGACGUGCAGGGAACCGGAGCUGUCAUCGUUGGCGGUUUCAUCAACGCUGUCAGGGCUUCUGGCGUGCCCGCUAAGGACCACCGUGCCAUUUUCCUCGGCGCUGGCAGUGCUGGUGUCGGUGUUGCCAAACAGAUUGUGGAAUACUUCGUCAAGGAGGGCGUAAGCGAGGAGGACGCCCGCCGCAAGUUCUGGUUUGUUGAUUCCAACGGUCUCGUCACUCUCGAUCGUGGCGACAAGCUUGCUGAGCACAAGGUCUACUUUGCUCGUGAAGACAACAACGGUCGCCAAUACCAGUCUCUGAGCCGCCUCAUAGACUUUGUUCAGCCAACCAUCCUGAUGGGUCUCUCUACCAUCGGCGGUGCUUUCAACAAGGACAUCCUGCAACGGAUGGCUAAGUUGAACGACAGGCCCAUCAUCUUCCCUCUCUCCAACCCCUCCAGCAAAUCCGAGUGCAACUUCGAAGAAGCCGUUCUCAACACCGAUGGUCGCUGCUUGUUCGCCUCUGGAUCUCCUUUCCCAUCUCUGGAGCACAACGGUAGACUUCUUACCCCCGGACAAGGUAACAACAUGUAUGUCUUCCCCGGUAUCGGUCUCGGAGCCAUUCUCUCCAAGUCUAUCCAUAUCACACAAGACAUGAUCUACGCUUCCGCCGAGUCACUGUCUACCUCCCUCAACAAGAAGGAAGUGGCCGACGGAUGGUUGUACCCCGACAUCCGUCGCAUUCGCGAAGUGUCCGUCGUCGUCACUCGCGGUGUCAUCCGCGCUGCUCAGCAGAACGGCGUCGACCGUGCUGUCGAGCUCCGCAACUACAGCGACGAGCAGCUCGACGCUUUCAUCAAGCAGAGCAUGUACGACCCCUUCAACGAGUCCACUCAGCUUCUCAACGCUGCUUCCAACGGUCGCUCCCACUUGAACGGCAACGGUGUCAGCGGCAUCAGCAACGGCCUCGAGGCCUCCCACCUAUAAACACCUGCGUUUAUACUCUUGUCACUCACUGUUGACAUUCUGCUCUUGGCACCACGCUUUUCGCCAGUAAUAACUUCUCGCGGCAUGUGAACCGGCGCUUUGAUCUCACUUUUUUCAACUUUAGAGCGGUUUCCCCUUUUGUUCGCUUUUUUGUUACUCUGGGAUAUUACACACUUGGGACCCCCAAAAUGACUUGGAUGGAUGGACUUAACAACAACUAAGAUUCGAUACCCCCCCUUUUUUCUCUCCUCCACCUCACCAGAGUCGACACAAAUUGGACUAGAUAGAUCUCGAUUCUACCUUCCUUAAUUCGCUGUUCCUGGGAAAUGGGGAGGACAAAGGACAAAAUAGAAAAACUUCACGUAAUCAAGAAACACAAAAACACAAAAACACAAUUACUUAUUCUUAAUGUUACACCUUGCUUGCAUGUGCAUGGAACUGUUCUGCGACAACCCUUUUUCUCAUUUCUACAAAUUUUUCGUUCUAUGUUUUCCCUCGACGACAAAUCAACAUGAUAUACCCAAACAGUGGCCCGACUCGCAGAUAACACGGAAUACCUCCAACCUCUCAAAUCGUUCUUUAUCCGUUCUCCAGUCGCAACAUCGCUUGCUUUAGAGACAGGGACGCUUCCAGCUGUAACCUCGCAGGCCCCCGAGACUUAUCAUGUGGAGCAAACCCCACGCUUUCGACUGGCGGCGGCUCUUUUCUUGGCGUUUGCAACGCCACUAGUGGCCCUAGACACUACCGCACAUCUCCCACCAUGCAUCAUCGUCGUCGUUGUCUUUGGUGGAACGGAAAAGAAUCAAAUGCUCCGAUCAACUGCAAUGAUGCGGAGAGUCUCCUU